AUGGCUCAUGCUUACCCUCUGUGUUCUUCCCCUUCUUCCACCUUCUCUGAUUUCACAACUCGCAUUUCAUCCCCUAACUCCUUCACCAACCCCAAAUUCCCCAACCGCAAAUUCAAAACCUUUUUCUCUUUCCAACCUCCCAAUUCUCUUGAAGCUGCAAAACACAAUGACCCACAUGCAAAUUCUUCACCUUUAUCCAAAUCUAAAAUCUGGGUCAAUCCCAAACUCCUCAAUUCCAAUCGAGUUUGGAGCAAAACCCAUAGCGCCAUCUCAUCUCUUGCCAAAUUGCACAACUCAUCUGAUCCUAAUGAGCGAGAAGUUUGUGAAAUUCUCAAGGGUUUGGGAGACAAUGUUAAAGAAGUUGAUGCGGAGCAUGUUCUGCAUAACAUAACAAACCCUGAAAUUGUGAUUCUUGCUGUUAAAUACUUCCAGAAGAAGAUUGAACCGGAGAGACAUGUUGUUCUUUACAAUGUGUUGUUUAAGCUUUUUAGAGAAAUUAAUGAUUUUGAAAAAGCAGAGAAGGUGUUUGAGGAAAUGCUGCAGAGAGGAGUCAAGCCUGAUGUUGUUACGUUUUCGACUUUGAUUAGGUGUGCUUCUGUUUGUUCUCUGCCUCACAAAUCCGUGGAGUUGUUUGAGAGGAUGCCUUCUUUUGGGUGUGAGCCGGAUCAUAAUGUGUCGUCGUCGAUGAUUUAUGUUUAUGCUCGCACGGGUAAUGUUGAUAUGGCUUUGAAAUUGUAUGAUGAUGCGAAAAAUGAGAAGUGGCCUGUUAGGGCAGUUGCAUUCUCUGCUUUGAUUAAGAUGUAUGGUGUGUUGGGAAACUAUGAUGGGUGUUUGAGUGUUUAUAAUGAUAUGAAGGCUCUUGGUGUUAGGCCGAACGUGACAUUGUAUAAUGCUUUGUUGUAUGCAAUGGGGAGAGCUAAGAGGGCAAUGGAUGCGAAGAGUGUAUACCAAGAGAUGAAAAAGCAUGGAUUUUCACCGAAUUGGGCAACCUAUUCAGCUCUCUUGGAAGCUUAUUCUCGAGGACGACUAAGUAAAGAAGCGUUGAGUGUGUAUAAGGAAAUGAAGGAAAAGGGGAUGAGUAUGAAUAAAGCUCUUUAUUACAUGCUUCUUGACAUGUGUGCUGAUGUUGGCUGUGUAGAUGAAGCUGUUGAAAUAUUUCAAGAUAUGAAGCAUUCCAAGACUUGCGAGCCCGACCUUAUCGCAUACUCAUCCUUGAUUAACAUGUAUUCAUGUCUUGGGAAAGUUUCGGAGGCGGAAGCCAUGUUGAAUGAAAUGAUAAGCCAUGGGUUGAAGCCUAAUGUCUUGGUUCUCACAAUGUUUGUUCAUUGCUACGGAAAGGCAAGACGAACCGAUGAUGUUGUGAAUAUAUUUAAUCGAGUUUGGGAAAUCGGCAUCACGCCCGACGGUCGUUUUUGGGAUUCUCUUUUGAAUGUGAUGACCAACCUACCAAAAGAAGAGCUCGGUAAGAUAACAAAUUGCAUUGAGAAAGCUAACCCAAAGCUUGGUUAUAUUGUGACAUGUUUGACGGAAGGGAGCGAGGAUGAUGGAUAUUUUAUAAAGGAGACAUCAGAACUUUUAAGUUCAGCCGAUGGUGGUGUAAAGAAGUCCUUGUGCAACCAUCUACUUGAUCUUUGUGUCAACCUUGGUGUGCAAGACAGAGCCCGCGACCUUCUUGACUUGGGAUUGACGCUUAAGAUAUAUAGUGAUAUUCAAUCGAGAACUGAAACUCAGUGGUGUUUGAACCUAAAAAAACUAUCAGUUGGUGCUGCUAUGACUGCGUUUCAUGUUUGGGUUGACGACUUGUCUAAGGCUUUUGAAUCGGGCGAGGAGCUUCCACAAUUGCUUGGAAUUUGUACGGUCCAUUGGAGACACAGACGAUCAGAGAAAGACUUGGCUAGUGUAUUUGAAUCAUAUCUGAAGGAACUUAGAGCUCCUUUCCACAAGGCUACUAAAAUGGAUGGCUGGUUUAUUACUACAAGCCAAGAUGCCAAGUCAUGGCUGCAGUCUAGACGUUCAACUGAAACAGUUGCUGAUUUGAACUCCGUUUUAGUUAUUCCAACCGAGGAUCUUUCCCCAUUGAUAGAGUUGUUAUAG